AUGGUUCUCCAGGAUCUGGGGCGGCGCAUCAACUCCGCCGUCAAUGACCUGACGCGGUCAAAUAACCUCGACGAGAAGGCAUUCGAUGACAUGCUCAAAGAGAUCUGCUCUGCUCUACUCUCCGCCGACGUCAACGUGCGCCUUGUGGGAUCUCUGCGCAAAUCGAUCAAAUCCAGCGUCAAUUUCUCCCAACUCCCAUCCGCGGUGAACAAGAAGCGACUGAUCCAGAAGACCGUGUUCGAUGAGCUCGUGGCGCUGGUAGACCCGCAUGCUGAGCCCUUCCGGCCGAAGAAGGGCCGGUCCAAUGUGAUCAUGUUCGUCGGAUUGCAGGGUGCGGGUAAGACGACGACAUGUACCAAGUUGGCACGCCACUACCAGAUGCGCGGCUUCAAGACGGCGCUUGUCUGUGCGGAUACGUUCCGUGCUGGUGCCUUUGACCAGUUGAAGCAGAAUGCGACCAAGGCGAAGAUCCCUUACUACGGUAGUCUGACACAGACGGAUCCAGCCCUCGUUGCGGCGGAGGGUGUGGCGAAGUUUAAGAAGGAGCGGUUUGAUAUCAUCAUCGUCGAUACGAGUGGUCGGCAUCGGCAGGAAGAGGAGUUAUUCACAGAGAUGACGCAGAUUCAGACGGCGGUGACACCAGACCAGACUAUCCUCGUUCUCGACAGCACAAUCGGUCAGGCCGCCGAGGCGCAGUCCGCUGCGUUCAAGGCUACGGCCGACUUUGGUGCCAUUAUUAUCACCAAGACUGACGGCCAUGCGGCUGGUGGUGGUGCCAUCUCCGCUGUCGCGGCAACGCACACGCCUAUCAUUUUCUUGGGAACGGGCGAGCACCUUAUGGAUCUGGAGCGGUUCGAGCCUCGCGCUUUUGUGCAGAAGCUCCUGGGAAUGGGUGACGUCGCCGGACUCAUUGAGCACGUGCAGUCCGUAACAAGAGAUUCUGCCGCGACGAAGGAGACCUACAAGCACAUCGCAGAAGGCAUUUAUACCAUCCGCGAUUUCCGGGAGAACAUCACCUCCAUCAUGAAGAUGGGCCCACUAUCGAAGCUCUCCGGCAUGAUCCCGGGUCUGUCGAAUCUGACUGCUGGCCUCGACGACGAGGAUGGCACUCUGAAGCUCCGACGAAUGGUCUACAUUUUCGACAGCAUGACUGCUGCAGAGCUCGAUAGCGACGGCAAGGUCUUCGUCGAGAAGCCGAGCCGCAUGGUCCGCAUCGCCCACGGCAGCGGCACCAGCGUGCGUGAAGUGGAAGAUGUGCUUUCGCAGCACCGCAUGAUGGCCGGUAUGGCCAAGCGUGUCGGCGGCCAAAAGAAGCAGAUGCAGCGCGCACAGAACAUGCUCAAGGGUGGGAACAAGGAGCAGCAGCUUGCGGCUAUGCAGAAACGUAUGGCUGCCAUGGGUGGUGCCGGUGCCGGUGGACUCGGCGGUAUGCCUGGGAUGGGUGAUAUGGCCAAGAUGAUGCAGAUGAUGGGCGGUGGCCAGGCUGGCGGUGGUGGCAUGCCUGGUCUCGGUGGUAUGGAUAUGCAGAGCUUGAUGAGCCAGAUGGGUGGGUUGAUGGGCGGUGGAGGUGGUGGUGGCGGUGGCCGUGGACGUGGACGGUAG